AUGCCUGCCGCCGUGGACGCCGGGGAUGACCUAUGGAUAGCCAUCAAACAAAUAUCCCAGUCAACCUCGGAUUCGGACUACAUCGAUCAGCUGGUUCCAGUAAUGAGAGAUGCGCGCUACAACAACCAGAUUAUCCAAGCAUUCCAGCAAUUCUCCACAGACAAAGAAGCCGAAAUCGAGCGAAUAUGCAACGCCAACCACCAAGAGUUCGUCAGCUCCGUCAACUCGCUCCUCCAGGUCCGCCAAGGGACCGUGGAGAUGACAGAGCGAAUCCUGGAACUCAAUGAAUCCAUACAGGAGAGCAUCAACACGCUAGCUGCACAGAAGAAAGCGCUAGUCGACUCACGCGGUGUGCGCCAGAACAUCAACGAGACGAACGAAGCGCUGAAUGCCUGUCUGGAUGUGCUGCGGCUCGCGAAUCACAUCUAUGAUCUUCUUAAGGAGAAGAACUACUACGCCGCGCUGCGGUCUUUGGACGAAUUGCAGACGAUCCACUUAAAGAGCAUCGGUCGGUAUAAGAUCGCUGAAUGGAUCGACAAGAAUGUGCCCACGGUCAGAGAGCAGAUCCGAGAAGCCGUCAAGAACGAUUUGAGCACGUGGCUGUUCCGAAUUCGAGAAUCGUCGCAAUUCUUGGGCGAAGUAUCCUUCUACUACACGGAUGUGCGCCGAACGAGGAACCAGGAUCGUGCAGAGUCCGAUACACGGUUCUCUAAAUUCAAGUUGAACUCCGCCAUCGAACUUGUCGCCGAUGAGACCGACGAGUUCGAUGUCCUCAACAACGAAGAAGCUGGAAAUGAAACAGACUUUACUCCGCUGUUCGAAGCUAUGCAUAUAUACGAUACCCUGGGCAAGAGAGAACAGUUCAAAGCAGAAUACGCCGCCGAUCGACGGAGGCAGAAAGACUUGAUCAUUCCCAGUAGCCUGAAUCUGCUUGACGAAGAAUGCGGAGAUCUUAGCAGUUUGCUGGAGAGCAUUGCAGGCUUUGCAAUCAUUGAGAAGGCUACGAUGGGCAAGACCACCAACCUGCGACAGCAGAGCGAUGCAAGUGUGGACGAGCUGUGGGAUUCGAUGUGCCAGAGCGUGAUCACGCUCAUUACCAACGCUCUCCCUACGGUAGAGAACGACGAGCUCCUCCUGAAAAUCAAGGGCAGGAUAGCGCUUUUCAUGUUGACUAUGGAGAAAUGGGGCUACUCUGUUUCAGCGAUGACUGACCUCCUCCUCACCCUCUUCUCCAAAUACUCGGAGCUUCUCAAACAGCGCUUCAGCGACGACUUCCUGGAGAUCGUUACCACUGAUGACUACAUGCCUAUGCCCAUCAAUAGCAUUGAAGAGUACGACAAAGUGGUAACUGUCAGCUGGUAUACUCCGGACAAGGAGCGCGAAGAACUAACGUUCCCCUGCGUGCUGCCGUUCUCCCAGAUGUACCCACUAUGCUGCAUCGACAUCAGAAACUUCCUCAACCAAAUCUAUCUCUUCUCAGACGACUACUUCCAAAAGUCCACCGUCAUCGACGAGACCCUCCGCACAUCCCUCGAUGACCUUCUCUGCCACCAAGUCUGCCAAUCCCUUCUCGACCGCCUCUCCUCUCAAUACCCCGGUCAAAUCGUGCAAAUCCUCACCAACCUCGAACACUUCGAAAUCGCGUGCUCGGAACUCGAAUCCCUCCUUUUUGAAGCACGCUCCUCGCCUUCCGCCACAGGCCCCAUCGUGCUCGAAGCAACCGACAAGUUCAAAGUCGCGAAGAAGACGGCGUCCGACCGCAUCUUCGAGCUUGUAAACAGCAAGAUCGAUGAUUUGAUUGAGACAGCGGAGUAUGACUGGAUGGCGUCGAAGCCCAGCGCCGAGCCGUCAGAGUACAUGGUCGAGCUGAAACGCUAUCUCAGCGACAUCAUGUCCUCGGUGCUCCUCGCGCUGCCCACCGAAAUCAAAGAAUUCAUCUACUUCGACGCCCUCUCGCACGCCAGCACCGCCAUCCUCGACCUCACGCUCGACGACUCCGUAAAGCGCAUCACGCCCGCCGCCGUGCAGACCCUUGCGACCGACACGCGCUUCCUAGCCUCUUUCGUCGAGGGCCUGGGUAACCCCAUCCUGAUGGAGAAUCUGGACGAGCUGACGCAGACAGUCGCGCUCAUGGGGACGGAUAACAGCGAUGAGUUCUUUGAUGUCGCGCAGCGGAAUAGGAAGUAUGGGAAGGUGGAUAGUAUGAAGGGGGCGAUUUUGCUGGAGAAGGUGCAGGAGGGGGCGCAGUUUGCUGCGCAGAGUCCGACGAAGCCGGCCGCUAGUGAGCGCUUUGGGACGUUGGGGAGUAGGUUUGGGAUUAGAUAG